CCCCAUAGCCCCCACUCCGGGGGUCUGACCCCUGGAUCUAGCCAUCUACACCCCAUAGCUCCCGCUCCGCGGGAGUGCAGAUGCCUAGGGCGAUGCCCGGAGCCGCCUGAGGGUCGGUCCGCGGCCGGGGGGCCAGCGCCGGCAUGGAGUUCCCGGAGCACGGGCGGCAGCUGCUGCAGAGCCUGCGGGAGCAGCGGCGCCAGGGCUUCCUGUGCGACUGCACGGUGCAGGUGGGGGGCGCGCAGUUCCGGGCCCACCGGGCCGUGCUGGCCGCCUGCAGCCCCUUCUUCCACAUGUUCUACCGCGAGCGCCUGGACGCCCGCGACCUGGCCCGCGUCAACGGAGACAUCGUCACGGCCGCCGCCUUCGGCCUCCUGCUCGACUUCAUGUACCAGGGCACGCUGGCCUUCGAGGCCGCGCCCGUGGAGGACGUGCUGGCCGCCGCCAGCUACCUGCACAUGAACGACGUGGUCAAGGUCUGCAAGAAGCGGCUGCAGGCCCGGGCGCUGGCCGAGGCCGACAGCACCAAGCGGGAGGACGAUGCCGAGGCUCUCCCCAGCACCUCCAAGGCGGCGGUGGUGCUGCCACCCUGCCCCGAGGCCCCACCUGGCCCCAAAGCCGGCCCCUGCGAGAAGGCCGAGCCCCUGGCGCCUGCCGCGGAUAUGGCCGACACCACGCAACCCGGCAUGGAGGGCGACUCCCCGCACGGGGCCCCAGCCGCCCCCGACAUCUCCCUGUCCAGCCCCAGUAGCUCCACAGAAACCCUGCCCCAUGGCUACUUGACCCCCGCAGGCGCCAUGGCUGGGCUGGCAGCCGAGCCACGGGCCGGGGGCACAGACAGCUUCUACCCACCAGGGCCCGUCAAAGUGAAAGUGGAGGCUAUUGUCAUCUCAGAUGAGGAGCCGGAUGUGGCCGAGCCGCGGAGCCUGGAGAGCCUCUUCCCCCGCGAGACGGGCCCAGGCGGGGGCUGCGGGCGCCAUGCUGAGGCCUUCGAGGAGCCGGCGGGGCUAGAGGAGGCAUCACCCGAGGCCGGCUUCCUGGCACCGGAGACACUGCCGCCGUACCACAUGAUGUCAGUGCCGGGCAGUCAGGCCUACCCUGGGCUGGUGACGCCGCCCCUGGCAGAGCCCAUGUACCUGCCCGAGUACGAGGCGCACAGCGGUUUUGGGCUGUUUGCUGAGGACGUGCCGACUUGCAAGACCUGCGGCAAGACCUUCUCGUGCUCCUACACGCUGCGGCGCCACGCCACCGUGCACACCCGCGAGCGCCCCUACGAGUGCCGCUACUGCCUGCGCAGCUACACGCAGUCCGGGGACCUCUACCGCCACAUUCGCAAGGCCCACAACGAGGACCUGGCUGCCAAGCGCUGCAAACAGGACCUGGACAACCCCUCCUAGGGCCGGGCCAGAGUCCCCCGCUGCAGGGGGCUGGGGCUGGGAAGUCACAGGACUCUGCUCCCCCCAGCUGUGGGGCGAGGGGACCCCGUGUCGAGCGCUCAACCCACCCACUGUCUUCCAGCCCCAACCAGAUGGGGAUGGGGCCAGGCCCAGGGCCUUACAUGCCACUGGCUCCUGUACAUAGUUUGAAUACAGCUGCCUCCCCGGGACCCACUUCAACUUGACCCCAGUGCGGGGUGGGGGAGUGUCCAUGUGCUCAUGGCUGGUCAGUGCUGUCCUUAGUUGUGGCUCUUCAAAAAGGGUGGAAAUGAGGUUUUAAGACCCCGAUCCAAAGCAGCUGCCCCAUGUCUCUGAGCCCUACAGGGGGUCUGGUUUCUGUGAGCCUGCCCUGGCCUGGAUGCGUGUCUGGUAUUCGCCGCUGCAGCAGGCUGGGACUGGGGAGGGGGGAAAACCGUGGCUGGGACUCGAGGUCUGUAGUAAAGCCAGCACUGAGCUCUCCCA